UCGGAUCUGCGCAGCUGAAUCACCGCCGCUUCGUGAAACGAGUCUGAGAAACCAAAGUGAGAAUCGGUCCGAUCGCCAGUCGCACGCGCGCAUCGAGGCGCGUGCGAUCGGCGUGGGGAACGUUGUUGAUCCGAUACGGAGGAACGGGAAGCCGUGCCACGAUAGCCUCGGUCCGCCCCCCGCGACUCGUGGCGCAGUUCAACCCCGCGCCGAAUAUAAGGGCGGUAAACGGCGGAGGGAAGUUCGUUUCAAAGAGGGAGGUCACCAACAAGUUCAACACUGUGGAACGUGAAUAUUUUCCAAUGUAAUACAAUUGUGUAAUAAGGAUCCUUGUUUACAAGAAAACUACAAAAAUGUAAAAUGACAUGUAUUAUUUAUUCUCCAAACGAGGCUAGACCAUGUGGGAAUAAAUAAUUAAAUGACUUAAAUUUGGUGGAAUAUGAGCAGGCCUUUGAUGGCAUAACUGACAGGCGUCACAGUACCAACAUCUCAACAACAACUACAGUUUCUGACCCUGCGUGCUGAUGGAAAGAUGUCAUGAUGUAUUUACUCUUUUCUUUUUUUGCCAGUUCAUUUGCCAUGGCAUCUUCACUGAGGAGUCUGGUUAAUGACGAUAGCAGAUACCAGAAAUGCUUCCAGCUUUUUCUGGAGCGCUCGUCUGAGCAUCAGAGCAUGAGGGACUUCAUCCACAACGUGCUGCCAGAUAUACUGGGCAGCAUUGGAAACGGAAAGUCCCACCUAAAUAUCAUUGGAGUUGGAAGUGGAGCAGGUGAGAUCGACCUCGAGAUGCUCUCCGAACUCCGUCUGAAGUACCCGGAAGUGACGGUGGACAACGAGGUGGUGGAGCCCAGCGGAACUCAGCUUCAGAAGUACAAGGGUACCAUCUUUAUGUCUUUGGUGUCACAGAAACCCGCUUUAGAUUACAUCAAAUUUAGCUGGAACCAGAUGACUGCCAUUGAGUUUGAGGAGCACUGUAAAGCGAAAAAGACGACCAAGAAGGCUGACUUCAUUCACAUGAUACAGAUGCUGUACUAUGUGAAGGAUCCUGGAGCGACCGUGAACUUCUUCAGGAGCCUCCUAGACAAGAAUGGAAAGCUUCUCAUCAUUCUGGUGUCUGGUGAAAGUGGUUGGGAGAAGCUGUGGCGGACCUACCGGACUCAACUGUGUAACACGGAGAUUAGUCAGUGUGUGACCACUGGAGACAUCAAAAGCCUCCUGGACGGCCAGCGGGUGAGCUACCGGAGCUACGAGCUGCCGUCCCAAAUGGAAAUCACAGAGUGUUUCACCGACGGCGACGAGAAGGGAGAGCUUCUGCUCGACUUCCUCACCGAGGUGCUGGACUUCAGCAAGACGGCGUCGCCGGAACUGAAAGCCGGUGUUUUAGAGUUACUCCGACACCCAGACUGUAGCGUGGAGUCCAACGGGAAAGUUAUCUUUAACAACAACCUUGGAGUGAUAGUCAUUGAUCAGCUUACUUGAGGAAAUAAGCGGUUCCGUUAGUCAAUGUCGAAGUUGACCUACUAGUUUUGAGGGGGAUUGUUUCACAUUGCACAGCAUACAAUUACAGUUGUACAGUGUAUAAUUACCGUACGUAAGGAACGACUUGUUAGCCUCUGGUCCACCUCAUGAUUUCAUCCGUUUUUGUGCAAAAAAUUAAAUUUGAUUGAUGGUGAUUUUUCUUAAACACACUUUGUUUAAGCGUCAUGAGCCAGAAAAUGGGAGGUACCGAGUUUUAAUCAGCUUCUGUCGAUCAGCCCCGUAUUCCAUCAUGACAGCAUUUUAAUGGGUUACAGAUGGUAUACUGAGCUACCAGCCCUAUCACACCAUUGCUCCCACUGGGUCAUAUUAGUAUGGAAGUAUGAAGAUAAAUGCAAAAUGUAACGCUUAUAUUGAGCUGUUGAUAGUUUGAUAAAAUGGACCCUCCUGUUGGAUUCAGAGUCUUUGCCUUUGGAUGUUAUGCAUUAGAACUGUUGUAGAUUAGAUCUUCAUAAAUGAGAGGAAAAUUAUUCAAUUUAGUGUAAUUUGCAUAUUUGUCGUUUUUAAACAUGUUAAUAUUUAUACCCACAAAUAAAAUAGACAGAAAUUUC